GUUCAGCCUUUCAGCUGAAAGCUGCUUUCAUUUCUUAUCUUUUUUUGAAAUUUGAAUUGAACGUUUUGUUUUGUCGAACCCAACAACCUUUCAGGCAAAUCUUCUGUACUUCCAUUUCUUGCUCUCAUUUGCACAUACAUUACUCCUCCACUUAUUGAAGACCCAUUAGGCCUUCAAAAUGGUGAAGUUUUCCAUGCCCUUGAUGGGUUUGAUGCUGUUAUGCUUGUGGGCAACUGUUACAGAAGCAAAAUACAUCAAGUACAAAGACCCUAAACAGCCAUUGGGCGUUCGAAUCAAGGACCUCAUGGCCCGGAUGACUCUACAAGAAAAGAUUGGCCAAAUGGUGCAGAUCGAGCGCGAAGCUGCAUCUGCCGAUAUCAUGAAGAAGUACUUCAUUGGGAGUAUUUUGAGUGGUGGAGGGAGUGUCCCGGCCAAGAGAGCAUCGCCUGAGACAUGGGUGAGUGUUGUGAAUGAAUUCCAGAAGGGUUCUCUAUCCACCCGUCUUGGGAUUCCCAUGAUUUAUGGGAUUGAUGCAGUUCAUGGCCACAACAAUGUGUACAACGCAACAGUUUUUCCUCACAAUGUUGGUCUUGGAGCUACUAGGGAUCCUGAGCUUGUGAAGAAGAUUGGAGCUGCAACUGCUCUUGAAGUUAGAGCUACAGGAAUUCCCUAUGCUUUUGCUCCAUGUAUUGCGGUUUGCAGGGAUCCAAGAUGGGGUCGGUGUUAUGAAAGCUAUAGCGAAGAUCAUAAAAUUGUUCAAGCAAUGACCGAGAUCAUACCUGGUUUGCAAGGAGAUUUACCUGCUGGUUCUAAGAAGGGUGUUCCCUUUGUUGGUGGAAAGACAAAGGUUGCAGCUUGUGCCAAGCACUAUGUGGGGGAUGGUGGUACUACCAAGGGCAUCAAUGAGAAUAACACUAUAAUUGAUUUUAAUGGAUUGCUCAACAUCCACAUGCCUGCAUAUCGUAACUCCAUCAGCAAAGGUGUUGCUACAGUUAUGGUUUCCUACUCAAGCUGGAAUGGAAAGAAGAUGCAUGCUAACCAUGAUCUUAUCAUUGGAUUCCUCAAGAAUAAACUACGGUUCAGGGGUUUUGUCAUAUCGGAUUGGCAGGGUAUUGACAGGAUUACAUCUCCACCCCAUGCUAAUUAUUCUUAUUCUGUCGAAGCUGGAGUUGGUGCUGGAAUAGACAUGGUCAUGGUUCCAUACAACUUCACAGAAUUCCUUGAUGAUCUAACCUUCCAGGUGAAGAAUGGCAUCAUCCCCAUGGCCAGGAUUGAUGAUGCAGUGAAGAGGAUCCUGAGAGUCAAAUUUGUCAUGGGAUUAUUUGAGAACCCAAUGGCUGAUCUCAGCCUGGUCAACCAACUUGGGAGCCAGGAGCAUAGAGAGUUGGCAAGGGAAGCUGUGAGGAAGUCACUUGUGCUGCUGAAGAAUGGUAAAUCUGCCAAGAAUCCAUUACUUCCCCUUCCUAAGAAAGCACCAAAGAUACUUGUUGCAGGAAGUCAUGCUGACAACUUGGGUUAUCAAUGUGGAGGCUGGACAAUUGAAUGGCAGGGUCUUGGAGGCAAUGACCUAACAUCAGGAACCACAAUCCUAACUGCGGUGAAGAAUACCGUUGAAUCUGGCACUCAAAUUGUCUACAAUGAGAACCCUGACUUAGAAUACGUCAAGUCAAACAAAUUCUCAUACGCAAUUGUUGUUGUGGGUGAGCCUCCUUAUGCAGAAACUGCUGGUGAUAGCAUGAGUCUGACAAUAGCUGAACCUGGUGCAAGCACCAUCUCCAAUGUCUGCGCAGCUGUCAAAUGUGUCGUUGUUAUCGUUUCUGGCCGCCCUGUUGUGAUCCAGCCCUAUCUAGCAAAAAUAGAUGCACUUGUAGCUGCUUGGCUUCCGGGAACUGAAGGCCAAGGUGUUGCAGAUGUGCUGUUUGGUGACUAUGGAUUCACUGGAAAGCUGGCACGAACUUGGUUCAAGACAGUGGAGCAGCUCCCCAUGAAUGUUGGUGAUCCACACUAUGACCCUCUAUUUCCCUUUGGGUUUGGUCUAACGACUAAACCCACCAAGCAGAUCUAGAAAUCCCAUUGGGAAGGGCGAUACUUAUCCAAUUAAAACUUUCUGAGUUCAUUUUCCUUUUCUAUGUGUACCUUUUCAUAGAAUGUGGUUUCUGCAUUUGUUUGUUUUUAACAUGCAAGGAUGCUAUUUAAACAGAGUAGUAGAGGAUGCUCAUGCUUCAAGCAAUAUCCAUUUCAACCUGGAGCUGUGAAUGGUAUUCAGCAUCCCUGAGAUGUGUACCAGAGAUUAAGAUUAAGAAUUGAGUGGCAAGUUUGCGAUAGCAUGACACUUAUAAUUUAUUCAAUCGCUACCCAUUCAUAAUGUACUAUAAAUCUGGAUUUGAAUCCUAAUAUAGCAUUUAUAUAUUGUGCUUU